UCUUCUCCAUAAUGACUUACCCUUUCGGUGCUAUGGACCUUGAGACAACUGCGCUCAUCUUGCAACUUCAGCGCGACGAUCUUGAAGCGGCUCUGUCUGAAGGCGACGCGUCUGAGAAUGUUGCUCUGGAACUGCAGCUGCAAGAGCUGAGCCUCACCCAGUCCAUUCACAAGGACUAUACUAUCGCACAGAGCUGCUCUCGCGCAAUGUUCAAUGACCGAAAGAUUCUUGCGGAUGAGAUCUCGGCUGAGCAGCAAGCCGUAAGGGAUCGCGAGAUGGCUCGCCAACUCAAUGAAUAUCAAAACAUGCAGCUUGUUCCAUUCGUCCAGCAAGAAUCCGAGUCGAAGUCUCAGGAACAGUCCAUCCUUAGACAAGAGGCCAGAAUCGACGCUGCCCUCGCUAUCCCCAACGAUGAUUCCAGCGAGCAGCUUGUUCUCUACACUGGCGGUGGCACCCCGGAGGAUGAGCAGACCGACGAUGACUAUCACGACCCGACCCCUAUCGCAUGUGCGGCCUGUACCGAGGAGUUUCCUUGGUUCGACAUCCUCGAAGCUCCGUGUCGCCACCACUACUGUGUGGACUGUCUCACUGUGCUUUUCGAGGACUCUAUGGUUGACGAGACGAUGUAUCCACCCCGUUGCUGUCGUCAAACAAUCCCGCUCGACGACGCCAAACCCUUGCUUCACCCCAAGCUCGUCAGAAACUUUGAGCAGAAGUCCAUUGAACUUGACACCAAAGACAGAACCUAUUGCUUCGACCCUCGCUGUUCGACCUUCAUUCCUGCCGAACAUAUCGCUGACGAUGUCGCGACUUGUCCGGGCUGCGGAAAGAGGAGCUGCGCCAUCUCCAAAGCUGCCGCUCAUCGUGGUGACUGCCCUCGGGACGAAGCUCUUCAACAAUUCCUCCAGGCCGCCGACAACCAGGGUUGGCAGCGCUGCUAUGUUUGUCGCCGUGUUGUUGACCUUCGCUCUGGAUGCAACCACAUCACCUUGUCCUUGUCCUCUUUUGAACACAACGACGUCAGCAUGAACCGGCUGAUAUUAUUCAUCUGUUCCUUCGGUGCACGCGAAGAGAUCAGUAUGAAAGCCUCAUACAUCCCGUUGACACUUUGUCUGUCCACACACCGCAUCUCAGAAAAAGCUGUGCCAUCGGCUCAAAGCGGUCCCUUCUCAAAGAGAGAAAAGAGGUUGCUUGAUAGAUGGCUGGAUCGAGUCGUCACAUUUUCUGGCUCGGGCAUAACGACUUUUCUUAUCCUGGCAAUCCUGCUGGCUUGGGCUCUUCUCGGCAUCAAGUAUUCUCAGACAUCUGCCUGGCAGGUCGGCAUCUCUGAUGUCCAGUCGGUCUUCAAUUUGAUCUUUGAUGCUUUGCUGGUGCGGCAACAGCUGAACAGUCACAACGACGCCCUGACUAUCUUGUGUACCCUGAAGUCUCGUUCUGCCAGCCAUCACAGGAUGCUGGAGAAGCUUGCAUCAACAGAAGUGGGCAAAAGAAAAAUCGGAGUCAUCAUCGGAUCGCUCCCCGAGACUGAACUUCCGUCNGAAGGUCGCCUUGGUCGAUGUUGCAGAAUUAUGGUUCAUCUUCUUGGUCAUAUUGUCACUAUUGGUCUCUUCUGGAUAGGGAUCCUCAUCUGGGUCGCUUUUGGGCUUUACUGUGGCUGGUCUAACGAGUGGUUCUUCUACAUCAAUACUUCAACGGCGGCACUCUUGAUCUUUGGCCUGUCAUUCAUAGCCUACAACCGCGAGCAACACGACAAAUACAUACAACGAUGUCUGAAUGCAAUCGAUCUUGCGGAUGAGCAGCUCGAAUCUAGCUUGAGAUCUCUGACUGCAGAUGAGAUUGAUCAUGAAGUUUCAGUGAUACCAGCACCUCGUGUCAACAAACUCCAACGCUGCAUCGAUUUCUAUGCUGAUCUGGUCGGCACGCUUUCUGGCGUUGCUCUAUUGAUUUUCUCGCUUGUGCUCUGGGUAGUGCUUGGACCACCAAUGCAUUUUGAUGCCAGUUGGUGGUUGCUUCUCGGGACCUACACAGGACUUAUUGGGAUGAAUGAUGGAUGCGUCCUCCGCAAUCUGUGCUUCGACCGUAGCAGACUUGAGAAUACUCUAUUCGAACAGCAAUGCACCAAUGAUCAACAGCUUCUGCGAAUGGCUGGGGUAGCACCCCGUUCCCAGGAUACUGCUCANAAAGAUACUGAUCUGAUGAGCCGCAUCUCAGCUGACGUUGGGCGCUCGUCUAGCCUUGAUUCGGUCAUGUUCUACAAAUUCUUAGAGUUGGAUCUCGGAUAUCGAUCUGGAGGGACGCGCCCAGGGAAAAGUCAUAUA